AUGAGUAAACAAAUAGGCGCGAAGAGAAGUCAGAAACAACACGACAUUUUGAUUCUACAUCAUGCUGUGGAUGCCGUACAGUCAAAGUCAAUGUCAUUGAGAGCCGCAUCUAAGCACUAUGGUAUUCCGACGUCCACGCUGCAUGACAAAGUCCAUGGCAAGACGCCUAUGUCACGUCCAUCCAAGACCAUUCUGACUACAGCUGAAGAGCAGAGGUUAGUUGACUGGGUUCUACAUAUGGCCCGUAUUGGCUAUGGCAGAACCAGGCAAGAAGUUCUUGAUACUGUCAAGCGUAUCAUUGAUGCUGACGAGAGACCAAAUCCAUUCAAGGACAACAGGCCUGGGAAGGACUGGUGGUACGGUUUUGUGAAGCGGCAUCCCGAAAUGACAGAACGGCUACCACAGGACCUAGGGAAAGAGCGAGCAACUAUUACACAGGCUAAAGUUCAAAGAUGGUUUGAGGAGUUCGAACAUUACGUCCGCAAUGAAAUCAAAGAUCCUACCAUUCUUCAAGACCCUAGCCGUUCCUCCACUGUUUAUCAUUUUACAUCAUCUGAUAAAACGCAGAUCACUGUGUUGGCGUGCAUGAGUGCAACUGGACAUUUCUUGAAGCCACUUAUUGUCUAUCCUGGCCAACGAUUUGCUUACAACCCUUUGGAGGGGUUUCCGGAGGCAGUCAUGGGCCGAACAGACAACGGGUGGAUGGACGCGGACCUCUUUGCUACAUGGCUUACUGAUGUCUUUAUUCCAUCUAUUAAUGAACGGGGUGUACGUAAACCAGUUGUUCUCUUCGUUGACGGCCACUCGACCCACGUGUCAAUGAGAGUAAGUGACAUCUGUAGACAGGGUGGAAUAGAGCUCUACUGUCUCCUAGAGCAUGCAUCGCAUCUCAUGCAGCCCUGCGACCUCCGUUUAUUCAGCGUACUAAAAGAUUCUUGGAAGCAGGCUGUCCGCGAUUAUCAAUUUCAGAACAUCGGCGAACACGUCACCAAAAAGACGUUUGCCAGCGUAUUUAAGACGGCAUGGGAAAAGGCAACCACAGUCAGUGUUGCUGUUCAUGGGUUUAGGGACUCUGGACUGUUUCCGUUGAAUGCAUCAAAGGUGCUGAGUACGUGCAAAAUGGAUCCUAGUAACAUUUUCCAUCCAUAUGGCACUCAAACGGUCAGUGCUUCCGGAGCAGCCGAUGAAUCGCAGGUUUUACCAGCAGCUCAGGAGAACGCUAAUAACACCGUAAAUGUUCAACAAGAAAUUAAUACAGACAAGGAACUCACAGUUACAGCAACUACUUCCACUGACGUACCACAGCACGCACCAUUGCAGCCUGCCGCUGCCACUGUUCAGGAUCUCUCUAAUGACCGAACGCCUCAAGUAUCGACGGCAGUUGAGUUAGUUUUGAAAAUUCCCGUCGCAAAGCCGUCCGAAAAACGACCAAUGAAAAAAGAAAACUUACCUAAGGCAGUAACUGGGGAAAAAUUCCGAGAAAUAUUAGAAGAAAAACGAAAGAGAAAAGAACAAGAAGAAGCAGACAAACAAGAACGAAAACGUCAACGAGAACUAAGGAAGCAACAGAAGGAUGAGGAGCGUAAGCAGAAACUGGAACAAAAAGAGGCAAAAAAGAAAGCUCGUGAAGAACAGAGGCGAUUAAAUAUUCAGAAAAAGCUUCAAAAACAGGUAGAAAAGCAGUAUUUGAAGAGAAAGAACAGAGAAAGCGAGUCAUCAUCUGACAGCGAUGUUGACAUGCCAAAACUUAGCGACGAGUCUGAUAUCGACAUUGAUGUUGACGUAACCCGGAAGUGCUACGUCUGCGAGGAGGUCUAUGAUGAUAGCAUUUUCUGGAUAGCAUGCAACAAAUGUCCCAGAAUGUUCCACCGUCGUUGCGUGAAAACGAUUGAUUUGUGUGCAAUGACCGAAGAUGAAAUAGAGGCACUGCAGUUCGAAUGUGACUUUUGUUAA